AUGGGCCAGGGCCAGGAGGGCCCCGCGGAGGCCGUGCUGGACAGGUACAUCAAGGAGGGUGGCUGGGUGUUCCUGGACAACGUGCACCUCAUGCAGGUGGGGCGCGGGGCGGAUGAGGGCUGGAUUCCGCGGCUGGAGCGCAAGCUGGAGGCGGCAGCAGAGAGCGCGCACCCCGGGUUCAGGUGCUUCUUCAGCGCAGAGCCCAUCAACGGCGCGCCACAGGCCAAGAUCAUCCCCGAGUCCAUCCUGCAGAACUGCAUCAAGAUCUCCAACGAGCCCCCCAGCGACAUGAGCUCCAACAUGCGCCGCGCCCUCGCCGCCUUCAGCCCAGACCUGGAGGGCCGCCUCAGCUCCGCGCCCAAGCGCACUGCGUUCAGGUCCAUCCUGUUCGGGCUCUGCUUCUACCACUCCCUGCUGCUCGGCCGCAAGAAGUUUGGCGUCGGCAUCGGGACGGGCUCUGGCAGCGGUCUGGGCUUCUGCCGCGGCUACUCGUUCAACAUGGGUGACCUGGUGACGUGUGGUGACGUCCUCAUCAACUACCUGGAGGCCUACGACGCCAUCCCCUGGGACGACCUGCGCUACAUGUUUGGGGAGGUGUUCUAUGGUGGCCACAUUACAGACAACAUGGACCGGCGCUGCUGCACCACGUACCUGCAGGUCCUCAUCCGGCCCGAGAUCCUGCCCAUCGGCGACCUGUCCGACCCUGCGGCCUGCCAGCCCCCCGCCCUCGAGCUCGCCCCCGGUUUCCGCGCGCCGCUGCCCACCGGCUUUGAGGCGCUGCGCGACCACAUCGAGAGGGCGCUGCCCGCGGAGAGCCCCGUGGUGUACGGCAUGCACCCCAACGCCGAGCUCAGCCUGCUCACCAGCCUGGGGGAGACGCUGUUCAGGACGGUGGCGGACGUCAGCGGCGGCAGCGGAGGCUCGAGCGGCGGCGCGUCGUCCGGCGAGGCGGCGGUGCGUGCGGCGCUGAAGGACUACAGUGAGCGCCUGCCGGCGCCGUUUGUGAUGGUGGAGAUCGAGGGGCGCAUCAAGGAGAAGAGCCCCUACGUGGUGGUGGCCCUGCAGGAGGCCACGCGCAUGAACGCUCUGCUGGAGGAGAUGCGGCGUGGCAUGGAGGAGCUGCAGCUGGGCCUGGACGGCGCCCUCAACAUGAGCGACCGCAUGGAGGCCCUCGCGCGCGGCAUCGCCACCAACAGCGUGCCAGACGCCUGGAUGGCCUGCAUGAGCACACGCGUUCAGGAGGUGCUGUCCCUGGCGGCGUGGUAUGCGGACGUGCUCAAGCGCUACGACCAGCUGGCCGCCUGGACGGCCGGCACUGUUGUGGUGCCCAACAGCGUGUGGCUGUCGGGGCUGUUCAACCCCAAGGCCUUCCUGACGGCGGUGAUGCAGACGUACGCGCGCGCCAACAAGCUGCCGCUGGACGUCAUGCGCUUCGUCACAGACGUCACCACCAAGACCGUGGACCAGGUGACGGAGCCGGCGCCCCUGGGCUGCUACGUCCAUGGGCUGGUGCUGGAGGGGGCGCGCUGGGAUCGCGAGGAGGGGCGCCUCAAGGACUCCGCCCCCGGGGAGCUGCACCAACAAAUGCCAGUCAUCCAGGUGCGCCCUGUGACUGCAGACCAGCAUGACCUGGCGGGCUACUACCAGUGCCCCGUCUACACCAACAUGCAGCGCGCCAACGUCUACAGCCCCUGCGUGAGCACCUUCACGCUGCGCAGUGCGGCGGAGGGUGCCCACAAGUGGGUGCUGGCCAGCGUGGCCCUGCUGUUGCAGGACGACCUCGCAUGA